ACCAUUGAUUGCUCUCCAUACCCAGCAAUCGCCGCUGACCGCAAGAUCGAGCUUGAGUAGGUCCAUUAUCGCACCAAAAAUCCUGCGAGCAAUUUGCAGCCAUGGCAGGCUCUGCCGCCGCCACUCAGGAGAGCCGCAAGCGUGACAGCAGGGUCAUUUCCUCCUCCGGCUGGAACCUGCAGUUUCCUGAUGAAUCGAGGCUUGCACAAUUUCAGCUCGCCGCCAACGCCGGCUCGCCCUUCGGCAGUCACGAUGGCUUCGAGCAAUACGUCUCACCAGCGGCACUUUUCAAUGCUGGUUCCAGUAGCCAUCAGGACCGGUCGCCCGCUCGCCAACGGCAACUGAGUUCCUCUCCAUCCAAGUCGCAACUGCGCCAAGCUCGCAGCAAAACCAGCUUGCAACAGAAGCGCAGCUCGGCGAGGAUUUUGCUCGGGACCUCAACAUCUACUGCUAACUCCUCUUCGCCAGCCAAGGCUGCUGCCGUGGUGAUAGAUGACCCAAAACCGGUUCACAAACGCAGCCGUACGGAUAUGCGUGCAGCUCGGAAUGACGCCGAACCACCUCCUCUCCCUGCACACACACGCCAUCGACAGUCCCUCUCUGUCGAUCAGCAGCAGCUCUCGCAGUAUUUUAAUGGUGCCAGUAUGCAGCCGGUGGAAAAUGCCGCAGGUGGUGGGUCCUGGCAGGCGCAGUUAUCUGCUAUGUCCGCAAGCUCCAAUGACAACACGGCCACUGUUGUUGCGGCUGCUGCUACAAAGAUGAUUGUCAAUCUCUCGCAGCAGGCUGGCUCGUCUGGCGUGGGCUCCAGCGCCACCUCGACAGCUGUUGCUAACGUCGCGGACGCGCUCAAGGCCGCAAACAAUGCACCGCUGGAAGAGGCAGAUGGCCUGCCUCCUCGCUCGAUCUUCAAUAUCACGCACAGCUCGCACUUGUCCACCAUAUCGUUACGGCGCGACAAGACGUUGACGACGUUCAUCAUGUACGAUGCAGCGCUCUGGUACCUCCUCUCUCAUGUCGGCCGUCAUGACCUUGCGGCCAAGAUCGGGGACAGCUCCCAAGGCGAGCGCAGUCGCGAGACGUUUAGGCGCUGGUGCUUGAAGAGCUUCGAGCUGAUCGACCGCGAGCGCAUCGAGAAGUGGAAGCCGCUGGACAGCAUGAAACCCGAGCUCAAAGAUAUGUUGUUCAACAACGCUUCAGAGGGGAAAUACGCCGUCGUCAGCACAUAUACGGGGAAAGGAAUCAUUCCUCCCACAAGCGCCUACGACCUGCUCACGCGAUGCCAUCGCCAAACAAGGCAUGGCGGUCGUGACAAGACACAUGGCUCCCUGAAGCAUCACUGCGCCAAUGUUUCAAAGGAACUUGUGCAAGCUUUCAUCAAGAUCUGUCCAACAUGCUCAGCACGGCGAAAGAAAGACGAGGCAUCGCCUGAUGAUGCCGUCAGCGAAGGGGCAGACGCAACGCUGGACGAAGGCGAGGAGGAAGAUGGCGACGAAGACUCGUCUGAGGACGAGGGAGACCUUACGCUCGAUCCCAACCUCGAACCCAUAUCGCUUCCUCAAAUCGUCAUGCCCGAUUCGGCUGGCCCUGCGCCCCUCGCUUUCACUGCUGACCAGCAAGCAUUCCUCGCGUCUCUCAGGGCUCAAGGCUAUGCACUGACGCGUCUCGAACACAGCGAAGUGCCAGCGUCUCAAAAACCAAGGCAAGAAAGCGCGGCCAUGCUGCGUGGCGUGAGUGCCAUGAGUCAGGGGUCCAGCACAACAAGCGGUGCGACAGCGUCGACGGAUGGCCCCGUCACCCCAACCUUCGACCCAGCCGAGGCCAACGCUUUUGCUUGGAUGGAUCCAAACCACGGCAUUCUCCAUUCCGCUCCUCGCCUUACACCCACCACAAGUGCAGCGAGUACGAACGGCUCCAUCACUGCCAAAGCUCUUGACCUCCCGCUCGAUGCAAAUGCCGAGACACUGCGCAGGUAUCUACAGGCAGCCGAAGCGGGCUGCACCGUCACUGCGGUCCAAGACAACAACUCUUUCGCAUGGAACGACCGCCAGGAUGUCAGUGUAGAUGGUAGCGGGAAAAAGCAGCGCGCGCCCAAACCGCCACCACUCAAUCUGUCGAUGCUGCAUGCGACAUUUGCUCAGCUCACUGGCUCUUCCAGCCAAGGGAGCGCGUCGAUCGCAUCGUGCUCGUCCAUCAAUACAGGCGGCUUGAACUCGGCCUCUUCAGCGUCCACAGCAGUGUCGGAGCCAGUUCUGCAACCGCGCGUCGCGCUCCAUCUUCCGGGACUCACCAUUCCGAGCAGGGUCGAGGCAUCGGCCAGUGCGCCGCCGACGCAGACAGAAUUCAACGUCAGCUCGCAAAAGCCUCACACAGCCAUGUACAUGGAGAAGCGCAACGUAAACUCGCCCCGCGCUUCGCCAUCUUCACACAAGGCUACCCCGCUCAGCUCUAUCCCGCAAUCACAGCUGUCAAGCUUCGGUCCGACAUAUGGUGCCGUGUUCGGUAAUGCCGGGCUCGGCGGCAGAGGCAACUUGUUUGAUGAAGAACCAAUGCUGCACCAAACCGUCUACGGUGCGCCUGACGUCCGAGUAUAUCUUGAUCCAUCGUACGGCAUACCGCCUGAAGGGCACGCCUCUCACGCACCCGAUCAGGCGAGCCAACGCCAACGUUCCAAUACCCAGCUUUUCGAGAGCUUUGAUCCUUCCAUCAUUGACCUCAAUAAGCCAGACUUGCUGCUACGUCGCCACAGCCACUCGGGUCAGCAUGAUCCUGUCCGCCUCGCAGGCGGUGUAGUGGCCAGCAGCUCAGGCUCAGACGUCGAUGAUGGAGACAGCGGCGGAGAGGCCAGUUCGACGGGCAGCGUCAUUGUGUAUGAUCUGAGCGGAUCCGAAUCGGACAGCGACUCAGCAGAUAGCAAAAGGGUCGCACCAGUUUCCGUCACCACCCCUAUGCGCGCCGGCGGCGAUGGCCAUGCCGAAUGGCACAGGGAACAGCCGACGCAGCCCUCGCCCCUCGAGCGAACCGCGAAGAAACUCUCGACGCAGAAAAGCAAGGGUAACCUCCUCUUUCCGCUGGACAUGGGCUCACCAGCCCGUCUGCAACAGCAAGCUUACGUGUCCGGACAGCUUAACAACAUCGAUUAUGAACACGGGCACUUUGACCGUGACACCAGCAGUAACACUGAUUUGCCCCUUUCGUCCUUCCGAAAGCUCAGCCUCGCGUCUCCGUUUGCGUUACACACCCACGAUCAGCUUCCCAGCGCUGAUAACGAUCACACUGGCAACGAUGCCUAUGACUUCAACCGCUUUGACAUCAGUAGCUCCUCAUUUGAAGAAUACCUCAACAGCUGCGUAACAUCUGCACCUGUGACCUGAAUUUGGAAACAACGUCUGUAACCAUAUUGUACCACCUAUAACCUCGCAUGCAAA